UAACUGGUUAAAAUAGCUUGACUGGAACUGAACAUUAACCUACUACUAAGACGGAAUUUAAUAUGUGUUUGUCUGGAAUGGCAAAAUGGGAGGAGGAAAAGGCCACUUUCUGUGUGGGAACAAGCUCUGUGAGAAGGAGAAGGACCUGAAGAGCUGGGAGGUGAACUUUGCCCAUGUGGAGCAGGGAGAGAAGAGAAACAUACUGGUCAAACUCAGACUCUGCCUCGAGUGCUCCUUUAACCUAUCAUCCCAGAAAGUUGACUUGCUAAUUGUUCCCUGUGAUCACCAAGAGAAAAAGACAAGUCGUCUGAGGAAAAUCAAGUGGAGCCACAGGCAAAAAGAUCCAAGAAAGGAGAGACAAACAUCAGAGGAGACACAAAGGCCCCUCCUAACGCUCCUCCCCAGUAACUCUGAGGACGACUCCCAGCAGUCAGACAAAGGAGAGGGAGAACACAGUGAGGAGCCAAAGGGCCUGUCGAAGGCAGACCACUGGAAAGGCCCAGCCCCCACCGUGGAGGAGGAGUCCAGGGAGGAGGAGUUAGACGAGUACUUUGAGGACACGUUUCUUUCACCACCCCACCCUUGGAUUUCUGCCAGCAAGAGUCAACAUGCAAGAGUCAACAUGCAAGAGUCAACAUGCAAGAGUCAACAUGCAAGAGUCAACAUGCAAGAGUCAACAUGCAAGAGUCAACAUGCAAGAGUCAACAUGCAAGAGUCAACAUGCAAGAGUCAACAUGCAAGAGUCAACAUGCAAGAGUCAACAUGCAAGAGUCAACAUGCAAGAGUCAACAUGCAAGAGUCAACAUAGAGUUGAUUGAUUUUCUAUUAGACGUUGUUAUCUUCGUUUAAUAUUUCAGUUUGUCUGAAGCUGAAUAAAAUGCAUGUUAUUUUUUAAA